AUGGCGGGAAUACCGUUUCUCCGUCUUCCUUACAUUUCCCUUCGUGCCUCCACCUUCUCCCCUCUUUCGAUUCUCUUCCAGUCGCCGAUUAUCUCCAGAACCACCGCCGUUUCCUUUUGCUCGGCGUCGGAAUUAUCCGACUUCGUGCCCAAGGAUGAUUCGAAACGCGGUCCUCUCAAGUCUGGGCUUUACCUCGUUGCAACUCCCAUCGGAAAUCUCGAAGAUAUCACUUUACGAGCAAUUCGUGUAUUGAGAUCUGCGGAUGUGAUACUCUCUGAGGACACAAGACACUCAGGGAAAUUGCUUCAGUACUAUAACAUUAAAGCUCAACUUCUCAGUUAUCACAAGUUCAACGAGGCCCAGAGAGAGCAAGCUGUGUUGAAUCGAUUGAAACAAGGAGAGAUUGUGGCACUUAUCAGCGAUGCAGGCACACCUGGAAUUAGUGAUCCUGGAACUCAACUUGCGAAAAUGUGUGCGAAAGAGAAUAUCGAUGUGAUUCCGAUCCCAGGGGCUUGUGCUGUAGUUGCUGCUCUCUCUGCCUCUGGUUUGGAGACUGAUGAGUUUACAUUUGUUGGUUUUCUUCAUAAGCAUUCUGGAACAAGGAAGGAGAGGCUGAUGGUUUCAGCAAAUGAGACGAGAACACAGAUCUUUUAUGUCCCUCCUCAUAAGUUGUCACAGUUUCUUGAAGAUACUACUCCUUACUUUGGUGAAUCAAGGCAAUGUGUAAUAGCUCGAGAGAUUACAAAGCUGCAUGAAGAGUUUUGGAGGGGUUCGCUAGGGGAAGCCAAGAAAGAGUUUCUGCUUCGCCAACCGAAAGGAGAAAUCACGCUUUUGAUCGGAGGAAAAGAAGAAACCAAACCUGAAAAUCCAACGGAUUCGCAACUUGAAGAAGAGUUGAGAGUGCUGAUCUCUGAUGGACAUAGCCUUUCCACGGCGGUGAAAAUGGUGGCGGAGAGAACAUCAAUGAGAAGGAAAGAGGUAUAUUCGCUGGCGUUGAAGAAAUUUGGAAAGAUUCAGGUGGAAGAUGAAGCUGAUGAGUAA